AUGACAGUGGUAAUGUUGUUAGUGCUAUUAGCAAUAGUAUCUGCUUCAAAGUACGAUACUUCCCCGAAGAGACUUAAAAGAGCUCAAGCGGAUGGUGGAAAGUUUUUUGUUAGAUACUAUGCGCCGUGGUGUGGGUAUUGCCAAGAAAUGAGUCACGACUUCAAGAAGUUGGCGAAAGAACUACAAAGUUCAUCUGUUACUGUGUGUCAAAUCGACUGUGAGAGAUAUCCGGAUUAUUGUGAGAAAGCGGGCGUUGAUGGAUUCCCAACCAUGAAAAUGUACAACGGAAAUGACUUACUAUCCGACUAUAAUGGCGAGAGAAAGUACGAAUCUAUGAAAGCGUUUUUAAAUGAUUACCUUCAAUAA